CAUGGUUCAGCCCGUUUCCCCCUCCCGCUUGGCUCCGCCCCGGGUCGCCCGCGCGCGCCGGCCCCUUUCGGGAAGCCCCGCCCCGUUGCCUCCAGCCACGCCCCCGGCCCGGCGUCGCCCCGCCCCGCCCUCCGCCGGUGACGCUCGCGCGUCAUCAGAGCGCGCCGGGGGGAGGGAGAGGAGGAAGCGGCGCCGCUCGCCGGGGGUCGGGGCGGCGUGACGUCAUCAGCGGGAGCCGCCGGGGCCGGUGUGGGGCAGCGCCCGUGGGGCGCUCGGCCCCCCCCCCGCCCCCCCCCAGCCCCAUGGGCCGCCGCCGCCGCCUCCUCUGCGACACCCUCGGGGCCAAGAGGCGCCGCCUGGAGCCGCCGCCGCCGGAGGAGGAGCCCCGGCCCGACGGCAGCCCGGCGUCGGUGGAAGCGGCGCUGCGGGACGUGGCCGCGCUUUUCCCGCGGGGGCUCUUCGGGGACGCGCUGCCCCCCCUGGUCCUGCGCCAUCAGCUCUACAGCCUGGUGAGCGACCGCACCGCCGUGGACCGGCACCUGAACCACCUGAGGGACGAGGGACGGAUCCGGCUGCUCCACCUGGGCCUGGGCGCCGACGCGCUGGGGUCGUCUUCAUGGAGCCCUACAAGGAGAAGGUGCUGGCGGCGGUGGCAGGGACCCCCCCAGGCGGGGCUGGUGCGGCGGUUCCUGGAUUCGGCCGUGGCCGCCUGCCCCGAGCUCAGCUACGAGCAGAGCCGCAUGCGGGCGCUGGGCUUCGAGGACGGAGACGUCACGCAGCUGGUGGCCGCGGGGGUGCUGACCGUGCGCGACGCCGGGAGCUGGUGGCUGGCGGUGCCAGGGGUCGGGCGCUUCGUCCGGGCCUUCGUCCGCGGGCGCCAGGCGCUGCUGGGUGCGGUCCGCCGGUCGCGGCACCGGGAGGUGCUUCUGCGGGAGCUGCGGCAGCGAAGGGCCCCCCCGGGCGCCCGCCUGGGUGUCGGGUACCUCCUGCACGACCUGCUGGGGGCCCAGCUGCUGCGCAGCGUCCCCACCGCCUCGGGGCCGAUGCUGCGAUUGGGCGAGCCUUGACCGGACGCUUCCCAGCAUGCAACGGGGCCUUGUGGACCAAGGGGGUGUGGCCACGUCCUGCGUGAGGGGGCGGGGUUAAGGUGGACCCCACCCUCCAAAAGGGGGUGUGGCUGAGAGGCAUCUUAGCCCCGCCCCCCCUGC